ACAUCCCGUCUACUUGUUUCUUUAUAAUCCUUGCAUCAGCAAAAAAAAUUUAUAUUUGUGCACGAGACGUUGUUGAAGCAAGACAUAAAUUCAGCUAAUUUCGUUUUUUUAUUUUCAUCAAUAUACAGUGCAUUUAAUUAAUUUAAAAAACAUGGAAAAUUUUAUUGUUAAAUAUAUAUUUUUUGGAAUUUUAUUGCAGGCAGUUUUCAUCACUGCUAAAUUGCCGGAUUUUAUAACACCUGAUAUGGUUGCUAUGGUAGCUGAUGAUAAAGCUAAAUGCAUGGGUUUACAUGGAACAACAGAAGCACUUAUUGAUCAGGUUAAUGAAGGAACGAUUGUAAAUGAUAGAGCUAUAACUUGUUAUAUGCAUUGUCUAUUCGAAACUUUUGGUGUUAUUGACGAAGAUGGUGAACUUGAAGUUGAAAUGUUGGUUGGAAUGUUCCCAGAAAGUAUACAAGAUGCUGGACGAGAACUUUUUAAUAAAUGUGCAUCUCAAACUGGCUCUGAUGACUGCGAUAAAGUUUUUAACAUUGCAAAAUGUGUACAGCAAACAAGACCUGAUAUGUGGUUUAUGAUAUGAGAUAAUAACACCAAAAUUGUAUAUAUAAAAAAAAAAAAUUAAAUAUAAAAAACGAGACAAAAAAAAAUGAAAAAAUUUUGGCCAUUGAACCAGCAACAGAUGAAUAAUUCAAAAAUAUAAAAAACAUCAAUAUGGAAAUCAUCAUAAUUAUCAGAAAUUUAAAGAUAAAAACAAGUAAAAAAAAAUAUUAAAAAAAUUUAAAAAAAUAAAUUUAAUAAUCAAUCUAAAAUUUAAAAUAAAAAAAAAAUUAAAUGACCUUGAAAUUAAAUUUUACAUCAAUAAUAAUAUCUUUGAUAUGUAUUUAUGUGUUUUUAAAAUAUUUUUAUGAAUGUAAUAUAUAUUUAAAUAAUUAAUUAGACAAGCUCAAUAAUUAAUUUUCAAACUAAUUAACGUGCCUAAUGGGUAUUUUCUUAGCUACACAGGUAUAUAAUUUAAACAAAUAAAAAAAAAAAAAAUUUAUAAUCAUUGAAAAAAUACAAUAAAGAUAUGCUAUCAUCAUACAAAAAAAAAAAAAAAAAAUUCAAUCAAUCUUUAUUCAGCUCCAUAAUUUAAAUAAUUCAUCAAUUCAUUUUUUAUUUAUCAAACUGAUAUUGAUAAUUGAACUUUCAGUGUAGAAAUAUUUAAAAAAAAAAAAUACUGAAAUUAAUGACUAUUAAAAUACCUGACAACAUCAACAACGAUAACUACACAACAAAAAUUGAGUGUUAAAAUUUUAUCGAUAAUAUAUUGUGAUAAGAAAAAAAAGUGCUUUUUUUUUUUUUUUGUGAACACUAAAUUGUUGCAUGCUGCUUCAAAUUAACUACAAUCAAACUACCAAGAUAACAACAACAAAGUAAUAAAAAAAUAAAUAAAUAAAUUACAAUUAACUAAUUAAGAGAAAAAUGAA